AUACAUUGAAUAAUAUUAACUUUACGUGCACACAUUUUAUUUAUAUACUUUCGCUUCGUUACAUCCUGUUCAGUAUCCUGUAUUAUAUCACCGACAUAUACGCCGCGUAUAUAUAUAGCGCGCGGGAAGAUGUUAAUUAAUCAGCCAGUAGGAUUGUUGUUGGUGCGUCGUUUGAACAGGGGGAUUUAUCAGACGAAUUGGAAGUGUUUGCGAAAUUUAUCAACCAUGCCGCUGAAGGUUGGUGAUUCACUUCCUUCUAUUGAUCUAAUGGAAAAUACUCCAGAUUCAAAGGUGAAUAUUGCAGAAUUAUUUAAAAAUAAAAAAGGAAUUUUAUUUGCUGUGCCUGGUGCCUUCACUCCUGGAUGUUCAAAGACACAUCUGCCUGGUUAUGUUCAAGAUUAUGAUCAACUAAAACAGAAAGGAAUAGAUGUUAUUGCUUGUGUUGCAGUUAAUGAUCCUUUUGUUAUGGAAGCCUGGGGAAAAGAUCAAAAGGCUGAAGGAAAGAUAAGAAUGCUUGCAGAUACCACAGCUGAAUUUACAAAAGCUAUAGGAAUGGAUGUAGAUGUUACAGAUAAACUUGGCGGGAUUCGUUCCAAGAGGUACUCAAUGAUAAUAGAAGAUGGUAAAGUGAAACAGUUAUGUCUGGAACCAGACGGAUUUGGACUGACUUGUUCACUCUCUUCAAACAUACAAAAGUUAUUGUAAAUUUAUCUGUAUAAUUUAAUGUAAACACUGCAAAGAAUUUCAAUAUAAAAUGUACUGUACACUAAUACAUGAAGAUUAAAUAUUAUGUAAAUUAUUUUAUUAAAAAUGUU